AUGGUAAAAGCUCUUUUUGGUGGAAACAAGGAGGGCGGCGGCGGCAUGGGCAACCCCUUCGGCGACAUGGGCAAGUUGAUGGAGAGCGUGAAGAAGGCGCAGGAGAUGGUGCAGGUCGAGACACAGCGCGUGCAGAAGGAGCUUGAGAGCACCGAGUUUGACGGUUACGACGACGAGGAGACCGUGCGGGUGGUGCUGAGCGGCAACCAGAUACCAAAGAAUGUGGAGAUCACCCAGGAGGGCAUCGAUGCGGGCGCCGAGGAGCUGUCGCGGCGCGUGACGCAGGCGAUGCAGGAGGCGCACAGCAAGUCGGUGGCCGGCAUGAAGGAGAAGAUGCGGGGCCUCGCCCAGAACCUCGGCCUGCCAGGCCUGCCAGGGCAGUAG